UUUCGUAACGUUACUCGAUCAAAACAAAACAAACCGCAGUGAAACAACUUUGUUUGGAUGAGUUUAAUGAACUUGAACCAAACCAAAGGAUUCUGUUGUUUACUUUGAAAAUCAAGUGAAGUUCGGAGUCGCAAUGUCGACAACGCGGCGAUCCGGCCGCGGUCGUAAAAGGCCUGAGGAACCACCCGAACCGACCGUACCGUGCCGGGUUUGUAUGGUAGGCAAACCGCCAGACCAGCUGGUUCAGCUCUUUGACCGCAAAGUGCAGGACGGCGAAACGCUAGCGCACGUCCUGUCCCUGGUGGGCGCGGUAGCGGAACCGCAGGAAGCGGACAAGAUCUCGAAGCUGUGCUGCCGGCGGUGCGUUCGCGAGCUGGAGACAGCGUACCAGCUGCGAGCGCUUUGCCAGGAGUCGGACCGGAAGCUACGCGAGCUGUACGCUGGUGAAGACGAGCUUGUGAUCAAGGUGGAACUCGACGGUGAAGCGGUGUAUCCGGUCGAUGUGGCCUGUAAAACCGAGGUGUUUACACUGGAUGGUCCAGCUCAUGGAGAAUUCCGAAUUGGAUCUGGCAUAUCCAGAAAUUGAACUAACAAUAGAGGAACCGUCUCAAUCCACGGUUGAUCCGACACCUGAGACAAAAGCACCUGACUCGGAGACCGACGAUAGCAACCUCGAUGACGACGACAGCGAUUCUGACU